UGGAGCUGGCUGCUGGUCCUGCAGAAGUCACACAGGGGCGAGAUCUGAGGUGGCGUUUCAGGGAGGGCACGGUACCAACCAAGCGACCACAAGAAACCUGGAGCAAUGACAGACUUGUGAAGGUGUGGGUGAGCUACAGCACUGAUCAGGGACCGAAAGCCAGCAGGUAGCAACCAGCAAGCAGAGUUCUGUGCAGAGUUAGAGGGGACUGGGGAGCUCUAGGUCCCCAAGCUCUCUCAAGAGAGACUUCUAAAGAUUUAGCUGUACUUGCCUGCUAUAACGAUGGACAGUGAAGUGCAAAGGGAUGGCAGAAUCCUGGAUUUGAUUGAUGAUGCGUGGAGGGAAGAUAAAUUGCCGUACGAGGAUGUGGCUAUCCCUCUGAAUGAGCUUCCUGAACCAGAGCAAGACAAUGGUGGCACAACCGAGUCUGUGAAAGAGCAAGAAAUGAAGUGGACAGAUUUGGCUCUCCAGUAUCUCCAUGAAAAUGUUCCACCCACGGGAAACUAGCGAAUCAGUGAGAUUUCAUGCAGUCGAUGCAUGAAUACGAUAUAAAAAAUACUUUUCAGCUGACCAUCGUUGUCAUAAACUUCUCUAAGAAGGAAACGUUUCUGAAGAAGGCUUGGAUUCCAACAAUGGUUCUACUCACACUGACCAGAGUUUAAAAUGCUUCUAUAAUAAGUGUGAAAUUACAGUGGCUAUCUGACACCUCAGAGCUAAUAUGAGAAUGUUUAUGUAAAAUUAUUUCAUAUCUUGUUAAAUUGUUCUUAAGUUGGUUCCAAUUCUGAUCUUAAAUGUUUUCUACAUGUGAUAAAAGAAUUUUUACUGUCUCGUGUUAUUGAUUUCAAAGCUCACAAUGGGGCCAUUUCUGACUCUGAAGGCUUAUGUCCCAAGAAGUAUUCCUGUGUAUUCUGUGGUUAGAGUUCAGUAUACAAAAAACAAACAGCCAUAA